AUGACUGAGAAUCUAAUACAGGCCCGGGAACCUUCGUCCAAGGGCAAGACCCGCAAGACAGAUCCGACGGCACCGAUUCGAAAACGACGAAAGAGGACUGUGGUCAGUGGUGCCCCGGAUGACUGCUUCACAUGUGCCAAACGGGGAACAAAAUGCGACAGACGUCGUCCGUAUUGCUCGCAGUGUCUGGACCUUGGCCACGAAUGUUCGGGAUACAAAACAACUUUGACAUGGGGGAUGGGAGUUGCCAGUCGCGGGAAGCUUCGGGGCCAAAAGCUCCCAGUGAUGGAGUCGACAACUAAAAGUACAAGCAACCAACGCCAGGGCCAAAAGCAGCGGCAGCAGAAGCAGAUACCACUUCCUCCGAUUCAGAGCCAGCCUUCACACCUGCCCUCCAAUCCUCCGACCACCGCAUCUUCUGGGACAAAUACAGUUGGGGUAACUUUUGUUAACUCUGAUCUGCGGCGUCCAUCAGAUGGGUCCAACGUGUCUGAUUUAUCCAAUGGCAUAUCAUGGUCGAUGGACAUGCCGGAUCCACACACAUGGUCCAACGCACCUUCAAUACCACCUCAGAUUUAUAGACUUCCUCUUCCCAGUCGACCAAUGGUUUCAAAUGGCCCGAGUCCUAUUCUCGACCCAGAAGCUUUGAUGGAGUAUCCUCCUCUCCCCUCGGAGGCCACUACCUUCGAUAUCUGGCCUAUCGAAGCAAAUAUCUGUCAGCCCGUGGCGACCGAAGGACUAGAACAGAAAUAUACAACUGCAAAACAGGAUGCAGAUGAAGAGAUCUCAAGUCACGAUCAUGAGAAUCAUGAGAAUAUUAUGAUUCAGGGUGCCGCUCAUUCGCCAUCUUACUCUCAGAUGCUAUUAGCAAGGGCUGUAGGACGCACGCCGCGCCUCCGAUACCUCAUCAGUUAUUACACCGAGGUUAUUGCCCCCAUGGUAGUGGCCUUUGAUAGCCCAAAUAACCCUUUUCGGACCCAGAUCCUACGCUUGGCUAUGGGAAGCGAGGCCCUGCAAGAGGCGAUCGCUACAUUGGCAACCAACAACUUACGACGACGACGACAAGGAAACGGCCAGUCAACAGAGAGAACUCUACCUGCGCGUAUGUCAUCUAUGGCCCAUCGGGCUCUCACCGACCAGGCAUUUCAGGAUAGAUAUGGCAUUUCAGUUCCAGAAGGCUACGCUCGGGAGGAAAACCAUCACCGCGGCAUGGCAGUGAAGGCUUUGAAUGCCGAUCUAGCAGAUCCACAGCGCAGGCUUUCUGACUCAGUUUUGGCGACUAUUUUGAUUCUGUGUCUGUUUCAUGGCUGUGAUACGGGAGUUGCCGAGUUCAAAUCCCAGUUCGCUGGAGUGACAAGGCUGCUGGCCAUUCGGAUGCGUCAUUCUUCUAUUGUUACGGAUGACCUCAAAUGGAUCAUCCGUAUGUUCUCCUGGCUGGAUACGCUGACUGCAACUACGAACGAUCGCGAUGUUCAACUUCGCGGUAAGUGCUUGGAGAUUACUUCAACGACUGAUGGCGAGUGGGGUCUGGAAAAUCUAGCAGGCUGUGACGGUCGCUUGUUCAAAAUGAUCUCUCAGUUGGGACGUCUGAACGUUCUCAGUCAGAAUCAGCAGCCCAAUGAAUCUCGCUCAGCUGAUUUCACACUCCAAUCAACCUCGCUCCCUCCAAACAUGCUGUUCCCCGGAUGGGAUACUGUCACAUCAUCUUCUCCACCGGGUUCAUUGACAAACAGUGGGUAUGGAUUCUCCUUGCCGACACCCCCGUCCAGUACCGACGAGGCGCGAAAAUCAUCAUCUCCGGAAUUCUGGACGGAGUGGUACUCAUUACGGCAGCGGCUUGAAUCCUGGCGAUUUGACCCACCAUCCGUAGCUUCGAUUCCCUCUCCAUCCCCAUCCUCCUCAAAUACCGCCUGGAACCCUCCAACUUUCAUUCCAGAAUAUUCUCCCUCCCAAUCGUACCAAGUGGCGCAGGAAAAUCUCCAAGAUGUCUACCAGAUUUCCGAAUGCUUCCGCCACGCAGCACUUCUCUACUGCGAACGCCUCGCAGAACCAGGUCUUCCAUCACAACAUCCGCGUAUCCAACAUCUCGUACAUCUGGCAAUGCAUUGUCUCUGCGCAGUGCAGUCAGAUGUCUACCUACUCUGGCCGCUUUUCAUUGUAGGCUCAGAAUGUGUCCAAGAAAACCACCGUGCCACUAUUCGGGACCGCUGCAACGACAUCUCCAAAGACUCUGGCUUCGUGAAUAACAUUUCCUGCCUAGACCUUCUGGAAAGGAUCUGGGCAGAGCACUCUGACGAAUCUUCCCAUCCAAUCUACCCUUCUGGAUUUGGUCCCCCUCCACUGGAUAAAAGCGGUUCAUCCAUCACCGCCCACGCAUUCCGCUGGUCCCAUGUUAUGCAGGCAAAACGUGGUGAUGGCGAAUAUAUGGUGGCAUAA